AGCUUUGUGUGCAUACAUAAAGGCAAGAAGAAGAUCACAUACCGUACCAUUAAGAGGGAAGUGAGUCCAGAAUGCCUGCAGAUACCUUGUUCAGAGAUGAUGAUGGUGACCAAGCGUGCUUUCAAGGUUGUUGUUCAAACCCUCUUCUUAGAGUGCAGGAAUCACCAAUCCAGAAAGAUGAUUCCAAGCCCAGGAACACAUCUGCUGCUUGCCGACACAGCUUUGCAGACACAACUAGCUCCUUCUUCUUCCCCAAUACUCAGUUCACCAACCAUGAGUCUCUUCCUUCUUUGCGAGAAUCAUUUGCUCAAUUCAUCAAAGCCUAUCCUCAGUAUUCUGAGACUCGAACGAUUGACAACAUCCGAGCUCAAGAGUACUACAAUCUCACACUCUCUAAACAUGUUUGCCUUGAUUACAUUGGCAUUGGUCUCUUUUCCUAUGCACAGGUUCAAUCGCAGCUCUCUGCAAUUGUCCCAUUUGCUUCCUCUUCCUCUUCUUCUCCAUCACCUCAGUUUUCAGAUUUCCCAUUCUUCGACGUUUCUUUCAAGUCUGUGAAUCUGAAGUCUGAGUUGUUGCAAAGUAGUCAGGGAUCAGAAUUUGAAUCUGGAAUCAAGAAAAGGAUCUUGGAUUUUCUCAACAUCUCUCAGCAAGAAUACUCUAUGAUUUUUACUGCUAACAAAUCAUCUGCUUUCAAACUUGUUGCAGAAUCUUACCCUUUCCAAUCCAAUCGCAAGCUUUUGACAGUGUACGACCAUGACAGUGAAGCACUGCAGACCAUGGUAAACACAGCAGAGAAGCGAAGAGCCCAUGUCUCAUCAGCUGAAUUCAAAUGGCCACGACUAAGAGUUCAUGCUGAAAACAUGAGAAAAAUGAUAGUGAGUAAGAAGAAGAAGAGAGGCAGAGGACUGUUUGUGUUCCCACUUCAGUCAAGAGUGACAGGUAGCAAUUACUCGUACCAGUGGAUGAGUUUGGCACAGGAAAAUGGUUGGCAUGUCCUGCUUGAUGCUUGUGCAUUGGGACCAAAGGAUAUGGACAGCUUUGGCCUCUCUCUCUUUCAUCCUGACUUCCUUGUUUGCUCAUUCUACAAGGUUUUUGGGGACAACCCCACAGGGUUUGGCUGCCUAAUUGCCAAGAAGUCUGCUGUAUCAAUUUUAGAAGACUCAAAAACUGCAGGCAUAGUAACCCUUGAGCCACAAGCACAGCUAUUCCGUUCACCAGAUUCUUCAGGUACAGACACAGAACUUGAACAGAUGCCCAACAUUUGGAUGAAGGCAGAUAAUUUGAAUGGAAAAUCCAUAGAAACCGAGACGUCAAGGUCAAAAGGAAAAGAAUUUUCUCCAAAUGUGACAACUUCAGAAACCUCAGGAAAAGAAGAAUCAGCAGAAACCAUUCCUGCACUCAGCAAGAAUCUUAAACUGAGAGAUGAUCAACACGCUGCAUUUGAAUGCAAGUGCUUGGAUCAAGUGGAUUCAUUAGGGCUGAUGCUAGUCAACAACAGACGAAGAUAUCUCGUUAAUUGGCUGAUCACUGCACUCAUGAAGCUUCAGCAUCCAAAUAGGCUGGACAGCUUCCCUCUGGUCAGAAUCUAUGGACCAAAAAUUAAAUUUGACAGGGGACCUGCUCUGGCAUUCAAUGUGUAUGACUGGAAAGGAGAAAAGGUAGACCCUACUUUCAUACAAAAACUAGCUGAUAGGAAUCAUAUUUCCCUCAGCCAAGGUUUCCUACAAAACAUAUGGUUCCCAGACAAGUAUGAAGAAGAGAGGGACAGAGUUCUAGAAAAACGGAAAGAUGAAGGGAAAGAAGCAGAGAGGAACAAGAGUAGUAAGAAGGCUAAGCAGGGAAUAGCAGUGGUUACAGUUGCCCUAAGUUUUUUGGUCAACUUUGAGGACACAUACAAGUUUUGGGCAUUUAUAGCUCGAUUUCUGGAUGCAGACUUUGUGGAGAAGGAGAGAUGGAGGUACACAGCUCUGAAUCAGAAGAAAGUUGAAGUGUUAUAGUUUUGCAUUGUUUUUUCCCCUUCUAAAUUCUAAAUCAGAAGAGCUCAUAGAGGUACUGAAGGCUCUGUAUCAAAUUCUUAUUUUGCCACUCAUCAUUUUGUCUUUGACUGAAUAGAUUCUUAGCAUAUGCUGUCAAAAACUUGAGUUUGAUGCACGCACGUUAUACAA